AUGGCAGCGUUACCAUUGGAGCUGAUCCUCGAGAUUCUUAAAUUGUCCAUGGUAGGUACAAGCCUAGUAGACUUGGAGAUGCUUGUUCUGGGAAACAAAACUACGCUAUGCGGAUCUCCGAUCGUCAACGAACCCUUCGCAGUUCAGGCACUGAAGGAGCACCAAAAUGACUGGGCUGUAGCUAACAGCAUAUGCCACGCCUGGAGACAGAUAGGAAGGAAGGCAUUCUUCGAAUCGAAAGUCUUCCUUAUUGGGCCAAACCUGAUGAAACGCCUCAACACAGGGAGGGUGAAAUCGAUGAGUUCCGAAAAUCAAACCCUGCUCUUCACACAUCUGCGUCGCGUCAUUAUUCCCGUCCCUAGCAUUUUACCACUUGAAAGGAACGGCAGCGAAGCUCAAUGGCUCAACUUACACCAUUUCAAUGUGCUGACUGGAGUCCAAAGCGCGCAGCUACUUUUGUUUGCCAACUGGGGUCGUAACGAAAAGAUGUUUGUUGGGAAAAAGCACAUCACGCAAGAUCUACCAAAUGCCACCGACGUACCAUUUCCAGAGUCUUUCCUCCAAGUCCUGCAGGGAGACAUUGGUUUAGACACCGAUCGAAUUCAACCCAGGUUCCUGGUCUCCUGGAGCCGAUGCCGCGAGUUAUCAUGUGAUGCGAAUGAACUCGCAGACAGAGAAUACGCCUUCUUGUUCAUGCUAUGGGUAGGUUUACGGCGUUUCACUGACCGGGGGUGCGACGGCGGAGUUUUCGUUCGCCUUACCACGGGGAGGAACGACAAGAGUUUGUUCGGAGUUUUCCUGGUAAGAUCUACCCCGAAAAUGGCGAUGUGA